AAAGGAAAAGGAUCUUCCGUUAGAUUGAUUAAUUGUUGUUGGAAAAUAUUAGAACUUUUUUUUCUUCGAGUGUUCGAAACUAAUCACUGGACAUAACCUGGCGAAGCGACCGACGUUCAUCGAAAUGGAUGAUCUUCGACUUUCGGAGACCGCUUAUCUAAAUGUACCAGAGCGGGAUAAAAGUCCAUCCCCGGCGGAUUCCGUUGCAUCCUCGAUCAGUGAUAUAUCCACUUUACCGAUAACCGGAAGGAGAAGAGAUCAUGGGGGUGUAACAAGUCGUCUUAUGUUUGCAAUAGCCGCCGGUGCCAUUGGAUCAUCGUUUCAACAUGGUUAUAACACUGGUGUCACCAAUAUUCCUCAAAAGAGAAUCGAAUCUUGGAUUAAUUCAACUUAUGUUGGCCGUUUCUCUGAACAUCCAUCUUUACAAACCAUUUCUUUAAUCUUCUCUUUUCUUUCAUCCAUCUAUUGUGUUGGAGGAAUGGUCGGUGCCCUGUCAACUGCUUAUUUUGCUACAAAAUUUGGACGAAAAGGAGGUCUACUUGUCAAUAAUAUAUUUCUUGUUAUUGGAAUUAUUUUAAACUGUCUUGCUAAGCCCUUCGGCUAUUAUGAGCUAAUGAUUGUUGGCCGUUUCUUUGUUGGCAUUAACUCUGGUAUGGCUGCAGGUUUAGCACCAAUGUAUUUAACUGAAAUAUCACCAACCAAUUUGAGAGGAGCUGUUGGUACAAUGUAUCAAUUGAUUCUUGUAAUUUCCAUUCUGGUGGCUAAUGUUCUUGGAUUUGAAAGUAUCAUGGGAUCGGAAACUCUGUGGCCCUACCUGUUCGCUAUUCCGUUGAUUCCAAUGAUCUUUAUGUUUGUCACACUUCCACUUUGUCCAGAAUCACCCAAAUACGUUUUGAUUGUCCAGAAAAGAGAAGGUCUUGCCGCUAGUGGUCUAUCAUGGCUUCGAGGUACCCUUGAGAUUCACGACGAACUUGAAGAGAUGAGGCAAGAAGCUGCAUCAAUCGCACUUGUACCGAAAGUAUCUUUCAUGGAUAUGUGGCGAAAUCCAAUCUACCGUCAACCCAUGUUCAUAUCUAUUGUGGUUAUGUUAAGUCAACAAUUUUCUGGUAUCAAUGCGGUCAUCUUUUAUUCAACCAAAAUCUUCCAAGAUGCUGGUCUCGAUGGUAUGAAAGCAACUUAUGCCACUCUUGGUAUGAGUGUUAUCAACACCGCAAUGACCUUGGUCUCUCUUAUUCUUGUCGAGAGAGCCGGAAGAAGAACCCUUCAUCUUGGCGGUUUAAUUGGUAUGCUUUUUACCACAAUCAUUUUAAGUAUCUCCAUCUCCAAUGGAUCCAUAGCUUUCUGGAGAUUUGUAAGCAUUGUCAUGGUUCUCGCUUUUGUGAUAAUGUUUGCCGCUGGACCAGGAUCAAUCCCAUGGUUCUUAGUGGGUGAACUAUUUGGUUCAUCAGCUCGAGGAAUGGCCACUAGUAUUGCAGUCUGUGUUAAUUGGUCAGCUAACUUUCUAGUCACUGUUGGUUUCUUGCCUUUAAGUAAUGUCAUGGGACCUUACGUAUUCUUGAUUUUCACCGUUUUAUUAGGAAUCUUCUCAGUUUACACUUACUUCAAGGUGCCCGAGACAAAAGGAAAAUCAGCUGAAGAGAUCGCAGCUCUGUUUCGUCAAAAAUCAUACCAGUAGUAAUAAUUAAGCUAAAGGAAAAAAAAAUAAACAGCAAACUAAUCAAGCAAACAAAAAGCAGCAAAAAGUUUGAGGUGUUUUAAAUACAACAUUUAACAAGAGAAACAAAAACAACAUUAAACAUUGUAAAUUAUCUUAUCUUCUAAAAAAAAAGAGUAACAUUGGAGAGUCAUUUUUUUUGGAAUUUUAUUGUCUUAUUAUAAAUAUAAUAGUAAUUUUACAUUUCAA